CAGCUGGGUCCUGCCUCCUCUCGGGUGGGCCAUGGCCAGGACUUGGCUGCUGCUUCUCCUGGCCCUCGAGUGUCCAGCCCUGCCCACAGAUCCUCUUUCCUCCCCUUCCUCUCCGGAGGUAACCUCUCUCCUGAGGCUGGCACAACAAGGUGUAGGCAGCACACCCUUUCCCUCUCUGGCCCCGCCAAUCACACUGUUGGUGGAGGGGAAGCAGCAGACGCUGGUGGUCUGCCUGGUCCUGGAUGUUGCACCCCCCGGCCUUGAGAGUACCAUCUGGUUCUCAGCUGGCAACGGCAGCUUCCUGGAUGCCUUCACCUAUGGCCCUUCCCCAGCAGCAGAUGGCUCCUGGACUAGCGUGGCUCAGCUUUCUGUGCCCUCUGAGGAGCUGGCAGCCUGGGAGACCUUGGUCUGCCACACGGGGCCUGGACCUGGGAACCCCAGCCAGAGCACACAGCCCCUGCAGCUGUCAGGUGGGGAUGGAGCCUGGGCCCAUGUGGAUGCUCCCUGCCCAUUUCACACACCUUGGAACCAGGAUAUGGUGGGAGGGAGGGCAGACUCCAGGCCAUGGGGGCAUGAAGGGUGUCCAAGUGCCAUCCUUCUAGGUGAGGUGAUGCCUGGCCUCAGAGCAGGGUGGCCUCAGGGCCCUGAGUCCUGGGAUUUGCAACUGGGAUGUGUCAUUCAAGUCCAGGCUCUGAUGCAAGGCUUCAAGAGGUAACAAGUAUCCUUCCUCCCAGGGUUAAUAUUUCUCUUUAUAUACCCGGGGGUUAAUCUCUCUGUAAUCACCCUAAAUACGACACCUUACCUUUUAGAACUGAACAAUAAUUUAAAAGUAAUUGCUGGAGUUCCAAUUACUGUCUGUAAUUGGAUCGAUGGUAUUUCUGCAGCACCAGGACCCAGGUUCAAAACCCUGCCAGCACAGUGGGUUAAAGGAUCAGGUGGUGUACGUUGUCACAACUGCAUCUGGGAUGAUUCCUGGCCCAGAAACUCCAUAUGGAGUUCCCGUCGUGGCACAGUGGUUAACGAAUCUGACUAGGAACCAUGAGGUUGUGGGUUCGGUCCCUGCCCUUGCUCAGUGGGUUAACGAUCGGGCGUUGCCGUGAGCUGUGGUGUAGGUUGCAGAUGCGGCUCGAAUCCCGCGUUGCUGUGGCUCUGGCAUAGGCUGGUGGCUACAGCUCCGAUUCAACCCCUAGCCUGGGAACCUCCAUAUGCCGCGGGAGUGGCCCAAGAAAUAGCAAAAAAAAAAAAAAAAAAAA